GCUUUGCAGACGCUCCCUGCCUGGGUGUGUAUGUUGUGUAUUGGCAGCUGGGCGGCUUCGACUCCCUGACGCCAGAGAGUCCAGAUCAAUCCAGGCAGCCGGGGAGAGAGGAGGAGAAGGAGGGAGCCUCACAUCCCGGGCUGCUGCUGGAGACACCGACAAGCUGCGGCAGUGUAACCGACCACCGGGAAAGGGCGAUUUGUCCAGCAGAUGCUGCUGGCCUUCUGGGAAUCCUGGACUGUGAUUACUGCGCUGGAGAGCUGUUAUCUGUAACUGGAAGACUCUCCAUUAACCUGCAUUAACAAUAUUGGCCUGGAUUUCACAGCAGUCCUAUAAAAAGUUGACUAGUCACAAUGAAUGUGACGAGCUUGUUCUCCUUCACCAGCCCAGCAGUGAAGAGACUGCUUGGUUGGAAACAGGGAGACGAAGAAGAGAAAUGGGCAGAGAAAGCAGUAGAUGCCUUGGUGAAAAAGCUGAAGAAGAAAAAAGGAGCCAUGGAGGAACUGGAAAAGGCCCUGAGUUGUCCUGGACAGCCCAGUAACUGUGUCACCAUUCCUCGUUCCUUGGAUGGCAGGCUGCAAGUGUCACACCGCAAGGGCCUACCACAUGUGAUUUAUUGCCGUGUGUGGCGUUGGCCGGAUCUACAAAGUCACCAUGAACUGAAACCCUUGGAGUGCUGCGAGUAUCCCUUUGGUUCUAAACAGAAGGAGGUCUGCAUCAACCCGUAUCAUUACAAACGAGUGGAGAGUCCUGUCUUGCCACCUGUCCUUGUUCCACGGCACAGUGAGUACAACCCACAGCACAGUCUCCUUGCGCAAUUCCGAAACUUGGAGCCAAGCGAGCCACAUAUGCCUCACAACGCAACUUUUCCAGACUCUUUCCAGCAGCCAAACAGCCAUCCGUUCCCUCACUCGCCGAACAGCAGCUACCCAAACUCUCCGGGAAGCGGCAGUACUUAUCCUCACUCACCAGCGAGCUCUGAUCCUGGGAGCCCUUUUCAAAUACCAGCUGACACCCCUCCUCCAGCUUAUAUGCCUCCCGAGGAUCAGAUGACGCAAGACAACUCUCAGCCAAUGGACACAAAUCUGAUGGUGCCUAACAUCUCUCAAGAUAUCAAUAGAGCAGAUGUCCAGGCUGUUGCAUAUGAAGAGCCAAAACACUGGUGCUCCAUUGUCUAUUAUGAGCUCAACAACCGUGUUGGAGAAGCUUUCCAUGCCUCCUCCACAAGUGUGUUGGUGGAUGGCUUCACUGAUCCUUCAAACAACAGGAACAGAUUUUGCCUUGGGCUUCUGUCUAAUGUGAACCGAAACUCGACCAUUGAGAACACCAGGCGGCAUAUUGGAAAAGGUGUGCAUUUAUACUAUGUUGGGGGUGAAGUCUAUGCCGAAUGCUUAAGCGACAGCAGCAUUUUUGUUCAGAGCCGGAAUUGUAACUUUCACCACGGUUUCCAUCCUACAACUGUGUGUAAAAUCCCCAGCGGAUGCAGCCUAAAGAUUUUUAACAACCAAGAAUUUGCUCAGCUUUUGGCCCAGUCUGUAAACCAUGGCUUUGAAACUGUCUAUGAACUGACAAAGAUGUGCACUAUUCGGAUGAGUUUUGUCAAGGGAUGGGGUGCAGAAUAUCAUCGCCAGGAUGUCACAAGCACCCCCUGCUGGAUUGAGAUUCACCUGCACGGCCCCCUUCAAUGGCUGGAUAAAGUACUAACUCAGAUGGGCUCACCCCAUAAUCCCAUCUCCUCGGUCUUAAUGGAUUAGGAUGUUCCUGCCUCUGGAUUCAUUGGAGCCAUGCAUGUACUUGAAGGAGUCAGACACUUACUGGCAAAUGGGACAUUGGUAGUUUUUUUUUUUUUUUUUAAAGUCUUGGGGGAGCGAUAAGCCCCUCAUCUACUUGAUGUUUGUGACCAACUCUUACAAGAGGAGCUCUAUAGAGCCAAUGCCCUGCUCUUCUGCUGUUGCCUAAUUUAAUAUGGCUCCCUAAGCAGCAGCCGAUAUUAAUUUUCUAAUCCAGUUUAGCAUUGUGAUAUAAUCAAUGCUGUGUA